AUGGCGGCGCGGAGGCAGCCCUCGACAACAUCGCUAUCACGAUAUGCACGCAGCAACUCCCCCAUCCAGCAAAAGUCAACGGAUUUCUGUAAUGCUUUCUGGGGCAUGGGGGAUGGAGGAGUGGACGUUCUCUUUGCUCGAAUGCGCGGCGCGCAGAGGUCUAUGGAUGAGCUACGAAACUACUGGAAGGAACGAGCCCUUGUAGAAGAGGACUACGCCAAACGGCUGUCCAAGCUGGCGAAGGUGAAUUUGGGCAGAGACGAGAUUGGAGAACUACGAAACUCCUUUGACACUGUGCGGUUAGAAACAGAUAAGCAAGCAUCCUCGCAUCUCCAGCUCGCCAACCAGAUCAGGGAACUCGAAGGCCAAGCUGCAACCUUCUUGAACAAACAAGUUCACCACAAAAAAGUCUAUCAAACAUCGAUCGAGAAGGCCUUCAAAGCCAAGCAAACACAGGAAGCGUAUGUGACCAAGGCCCGCGAGAAAUACGAGGCAGAUUGUUUGCGGAUUAACUCGUUUACUGCUCAGUCGACUCUGAUGCAAGGGAAGGACUUGGAGAAAAUUCGUCUCAAGCUUGAACGUGCCCAGCAGACCGUCCAAACAAACGAGCGGGACUUUGCUAAUUUCGCCAAGGCUCUGGCCGAUACGACGCACAAGUGGGAGCAAGAUUGGAAGGUGUUUUGUGAUAUGUGUCAGGACCUUGAAGAUGAUCGCAUGGAAUUCUCGAAGGACAACAUGUGGGCGUACGCGAACUCAAUAUCUACUGUCUGUGUUGCUGACGACGAGUCCUGCGAGAAGAUCAGAGUGUCGUUGGAACAGAUGGACCCCGAGAAGGAGAUGGAAAAUUUUGUUAGGGACUACGGUACUGGAAGCCAAAUCCCCGAUCCUCCACCAUUCAUAAACUACGCCGCCCCCGAUGCCAUCCCCUCGGCCGCAACCCGACCUACUUCACGACCCGCCCGCUUUUCCAGGAAUACGAACCGACCUGCCAAGCUCAGUAGCGUACCAAUGGACGAUGACCCGGAGCCAGCAACGAAUACAGCUGGUAUCGGUGCGGGUGGGGGAGGAGGCUGGGGACCAGAAUCUGAACGAGAAGAGCCCGGUCGACAGUCAGAAAAAGAAGAAUCAACCCUAAGUCGACAGCCAACUCGGAGUCGAGCGAGAGCUCAGUCUACUUCUCAACAAGGUUCACAAGGUCAAAAUGCAGUUCAUCAUCGUGACCUCGGCUCCGACGAGGUGAACGGGCCAUCACCAACGCUCCAGAAGCCUCAAGACACUGUGGAUCCCCUUGCUAAACAGAUGGAAGAACUCAAGCGUGCCGUCUCGAACUCCGGAAGUAUUCGGCGGAAGUCUGUUGCCCAUUCAUCACCUCAGAAGAGCACGUCGACUCCCGGACCUUCGUCUCUGUCUGCACCUGGGUUAACGAGGCAGAUGCAGACGCCUUCACCCGCCGCUGGCGGCGGUGAUGGAGCUCAGAAACGCGAUUAUCGCACCUCCGCUGACAUGGUCGUGGGCUCAUACCCCCCAAGUUCUCGCGCUACCUCUCCGAAUCCUCCAACAGCAGUGAUGAUGCGGCCUCAGAGCACGGGCUCAUCCAUCGGGCCCGAUCCGAUCGAAAACGUCGUUGCUGAUUACCAGCAAUCUCUUCCAGGCGAACGAAAGACCGUCAGUCGGCGCGGGAGUUACGUUGGUCUUCCUCCCGGUCAGCAGCAGCCAUCGACAUAUCAUGCGAGUAACUCUAGCCACGGGCAGAGCCUCACUCGACCUCCUAGCCAAGUUGGACACGCGGGGAUUGGUGCACACGGGUCUCGCAGUCCCAGUCCGCAACCGAUGGCGCAAGGACCCAGUCCGGCACCAAGCAUGAGUCAUAACAACUUCAUGCCUCCCCAUCAGGGCCUUGGUAUCGGCCAUCCCGCUGCCCCUCACAAUCGAGCAGUGAGUCCAAAUAACGUCGGUAUUGCCCUUGACCCGAGCGGACGUGUUCUGCACGACGAGAUGGCUGCACGAUAUCAACAACCUCGCCAACCGUCGCAGCAGCAGCAACAACAACAACAACAACAACAACAACAACAACCGCAGCAACAACAACCUUCGUAUGGCAACAACCAACGCAGGACAAGCUAUAUGGCUCCGACGAACACCGGGAUGGCACCUCCACCCCAGCAAGUGUUGUACCGUGAUCCAUCGCCACAACAGCAUCAUCAUCAACCGCCACAACAGCAGCAGCAAUACGCUCCGCCACCUCCCCAGAUGAGCUACCCUCAACAGCAGCCGGUACAGCAUCAGGCACCUUACGGCAUGCAGCACAUCCCGCCCCAGCCUACCUACACCCCAGCGCCGUAUCAGCCUCCAGUACAGCAGCAGCAGAACGUGUACGGACAGCCUGCGAUGUCAGGGUAUGGGAGCGGGAGCUUGGGGAGUGUUGGGAGGAAUGUGUCAAUGGGUACAGGACUGCGACAACCACAGCAGCAACCAUAUCGCGAACCUAGUCCCGCCAUGGUGCCACAGUCGGCAUCCCAGCCCCAGUCCCAAAUGGCAGGCCAGGUCACUGAAGAAGGGAAACCCAUCCUGUGCUACGUGCAAGCGCUGUAUGAUUAUACAGGAACCAUUGAUGAAGAGUUUGAUUUUCAGGCAGGGGAUAUUAUUGCGGUUACGGCGACUCCGGAGGAUGGGUGGUGGAGCGGAGAGUUGUUAGAUGAGGGCCGAAGACGGAGGGGAAAGCAUGUUUUCCCAAGUAAUUUUGUGAGGUUGUUUUAG